GCUUCUGGGUCCUUUGUGGGGCCUGAUAGCCAAGCGACGGAAGUGCCCUAGAAAGUGCCAAUGGGCGGUUCGCGUCCGGCCCACUCCUCUGAGAACUUUGUCCUCUAAACUUCUGACCAGUUCUAAGGAGUAAAAGUGGCUUUCCAGAUGUGUGGAACUGUUCUUGGAUCUACAGCUCUUCGCCACCGCCUACCGUCUUCCUACUGAGAGACCCUGAAACCUUUGCCAUGGAAAAGUACCACGUCUUGGAGAUGAUUGGAGAAGGCUCUUUUGGGAGAGUGUAUAAGGGCCGAAAGAAAUACAGUGCUCAGGUGGUGGCCCUGAAGUUCAUACCAAAACUGGGGCGCUCAGAGAAGGAGCUGAGGAAUUUGCAACGAGAGAUUGAAAUCAUGCGGGGUCUGUGGCAUCCCAACAUUGUGCAUAUGCUCGACAGCUUUGAGACUGACAAAGAGGUAGUGGUGGUGACAGACUAUGCCGAGGGAGAGCUCUUUCAGAUUCUGGAAGAUGAUGGAAAACUUCCCGAAGAUCAGGUUCAGACCAUUGCUGCCCAGUUGGUAUCAGCCUUGUACUAUCUGCAUUCCCACCGAAUCUUACACCGAGACAUGAAGCCCCAGAACAUUCUUCUUGCCAAGGGUGGUGGCAUCAAACUCUGUGACUUUGGAUUUGCCCGGGCUAUGAGCACCAACACCAUGGUGCUGACAUCUAUCAAAGGCACACCACUCUAUAUGUCUCCAGAGCUGGUGGAGGAGCGACCGUAUGACCACACAGCAGACCUCUGGUCAGUUGGCUGCAUCCUGUAUGAGCUGGCUGUAGGCACCCCUCCCUUCUACACCACAAGCAUCUUUCAACUAGUCAGCCUUAUUCUCAAAGACCCUGUGCGCUGGCCCUCCACCAUCAGUCCCUGCUUCAAGAACUUUCUACAGGGGCUGCUCACCAAGGACCCUCGGCAGCGUCUGUCCUGGCCAGACCUCUUACAUCACCCCUUUAUUGCUGGUCGUGUCACCAUAAUAAUGGAACCAGCAGGCUCAGAUUUGGGCACUCCAUUCACUAGUCGCCUGCCCCCAGAACUUCAGGUCCUAAAGGAUGAACAGGCCCAUCGGCUGGCCCCCAAGGGCAAUCAGUCUCGCAUCCUGUACCAGGCCUGUAAAUGCAUGGCUGAAGAGGCCAAGCAGAAGGUGUGGGGACCAAAGGAAAAUAGGGAACAUAUUCACAGUAGUGAUGGGGAAUUGGAGAAGGAGAAAGACCAGAAUGCAGUACCUUCCCUGGAGCAAGAGAAUAGGACCAGUAAGGUGUUUCUUGGUGCAGCUCCUUUGCCUGAACUAAAGGCUCCUCCUCAGGAAUCCAGCCUCUUGUCUGGUAUCGUGGCCUCAGAAGUGAAAAACAACUGGGAAGAGUGGGGGACUGGAGAAGCUCCCCCUGCACCUCGAGAAAACCACGUCACCCUGGAUUGUGAACAAGCAUUCCCAGAGCUGAGGCCAGAGGUGAUUGUCCAGAAGAGCAUUGAUGCAGUAGACCUAGAAAAUGAGGAGCCAGACAGUGAUGAUGAGUGGCAACGCUUGCUAGAGACCGCUGAGCCUGGGCCCAUGAAGCUAAAGGCCCCUCUCACCUUGCUGUGUAAUCCUGACUUCUGCCAGCACAUCCAGAGUCUGCUGCAUGGGACUGGAGAGCAGAUCCUGAAAGGUGUCCUAGAGGGUGCUUCCCACCUCCUUCCUGUACUCCGGGUCCUGAGCAGUCUCCUAUCCAGCUGCCAUGACUCUGUGCUCUUAUAUUCCUUCUGCCAGGAGGCAGGGCUGCCUGGCCUGCCUCUCAGCCUACUCAGGCACAGCCAGGAGAGCAACAGUAUCCAGCAGCAACCUUGGUAUGGGGCUUUCUUACGGGACCUGGUGGCUGUGGUUCAGGCCUACUUUUCCUGUACCUUCAAUCUGGAGAGGAGCCAGACAGGUGACAGCCUGCAGGUAUUUCAGGAGGCUGCCAACCUAUUUCUGGACCUGCUGGGGAAGCUGUUGGCCCAAUCAGAUGACUCAGAGCAAGCAUUUCGGAGGGAUAGCCUUAUGUGUUUUGCUGUCCUAUGUGAAGCUGUGGAUGGGAACAGCCAGACCAUCUCCAAAGCCUUUUACUCCAGCCUGUUGACCACACAGCAUGCCGUGCUUGACGGGCUCCUUCAUGGCUUAACAGUUCUACAACUUCCUCUCCACACACCUCCAGGAGCCCCUCAGGUGAGCCAGCCACUUCCGGAACAAUGUGAGGAUCUACCUGGGGCUGUUUCUUCUGCCCUGGCAGCCAUGUGCACUGCUCCAGUGGGACUACCUAGCUGUUGGGACGCCAAGGAGCAGAUAUCUUGGCAUUUGGCAAAUCAGCUGACUGAAGACAACAACCAGCUGAGACCAUCCCUCAUCUCUGGCCUGCGGCAUUAUGUCCUGUGCCUCCACCUUCUCAAGGUUCUCUACUCCUGCUGUUAUAUCAGUGAACACCUGUGCCGUAUUCUGGUGCAAGAGCCCCUGGCUUUGGAGUCCCUGUUGAUUUUGGUUCAGGGCAAGGUGAAAGUAGCAGAUUGGGAAGAGUCCACUGAAGUGGCACUCUACCUCCUGUCCCUGCUUAUCUUUCGGCUCCAAGAUCUGCCUUCUGGAAUGGAGAAGCUAGGCAGUGAGGUUGCUACUCUUUUUACCCACUCACACGUCGUCUCUCUUGUGAAUGCAGCAGCUUGUCUCUUAGGACAGCUUGGUCAUCAAGGGGUGACCUUUGACCUCCAGCCCCAGGACUGGAUUGCUGCAGCUGCGCAUGCCCUGUCUGGCCCUGCAGAGGUCCGACUGACUCCACCAUGUAGCUGUGGCUUCUACGAUGGCCUCCUGAUCUUUCUGCUGCAGCUUCUUACUCAGGGGAAGCCUAGCCUGAUUAGGAAUGUGGCUAGUUCAGAAGUGUGGACCAUUCUAUGGCACCGCUUUUCCAUGGCUCUGAGGCUACCAGAGGAGGUGUCUGCACAGGAAGAAGAGCUGUCACUAUCCAGUAUACCCAGCCCAGAGCCAGACUGGACACUGAUUUCACCCCAAGGCAUGGCAGCCCUGCUGAGCCUGGCCAUGGUCAUCUUCACCCAGGAACCUGAAUUAUGCCUGAGCCACCUGUCCCAGCCUGGAAGUAUCCUCAUGUCUACCUUGAAACACCUACUUUCCCCCAGCUUCUUGCAUCACCUGAGCCAGGCGCCGCAGGGGCCCCACUUUCUCCCUGUUGUGGUGCUCUCUGUGUGCCAGCUCCUCUACUUCCCUUUUGCCCUGGAUGUGGAUGCUGACCUCCUUGUGGGUAUCUUGGCUGACCUCGGGGACUCAGAAGUUGCAGCCCACCUGCUGCAGGUCUGCUGCCACCACCUUCCAUUGUUACAAACUGAGUUGCCCAUCAGUCUUCUUGCAUGCCUAGCCCUAAUGGAUCCCACUUCUCUUAAGCAGUUUGUGAAUACAGUGGCUGCUUCCCCUAGAACCAUGGUCUCAUUCCUCUCUGUUGCCCUCCUGAGUGACCAACCCCUGCUGAUCUCUGAUCUUCUGUCCUUACUGGCCCACACAGCUCGAGUACUGUCCCCUAGCCACUUGCCCUUUGUCCAAGAGCUCCUGGCUGGCCCUGAUGAAUCCUAUCGGCCAUUGCGCAGCCUCCUGGGCCACUCAGAGAACUCUGUGAGAGUCCGUACUUAUGGGCUCCUGGGACACUCACUCCAACACAGCAUGGCCCUACGUGGGGCACUGCAGAGUCAGGCUGGACUGCUUAGCCUUCUGUUGCUGGGGCUUGGAGACAAGGACCCUGCUGUGCGACGCAGUGCCAGCUUUGCUGUGGGCAACGCAGCCUACCAGGCUGGUCCUUUGGGACCUGCCCUGGCAGCUGCAGUGCCCAGUAUGACCCAGCUGCUUGGAGAUCCUCAGGAUGGUAUCCGACGCAAUGCAGCAUUAGCUCUGGGAAAUCUUGGACCUGAAGGAUUGGGCAAGGAGCUUUUACAGUGUCAAAUACCCCAGCGGCUCCUAGAAAUGGCAUGUGGAGACCCUCAGUCAACUGUGAAGGAGGCCGCCCUCAUCGCUCUUCGGAGCCUCCGACAGGAGCCCUGUAUCCAUCAGGUGCUGGUGUCCUUGGGUGCCAGUGAGAAAUUAGCCUUGCUUUCUUUGGGAAAUCAGUUACUGCCGAAUAACAGCACCAGGCCUGCCUCUGCCAGACAUUGCAGGAAACUCAUUCACCUCCUAAGACCAACCCACAGCACAUGACCCCAGAUUCCUGGGGUCCAGCCUCCAGCCUUCGUUACCCUUCUAUUGCCAAGUCUUCCUUAUUGUCCUACACAAGCCAUUAACUCAGCUGAAAGCUGAUGAGACUGAAAAAGAGUAAUAAGUUGCCAACUCCCCUGAGAGCAAGAAACUAAAAAAGAUUUUCACAUAAAGCUCCCUCCUUCCCCUAGAUUCAUGAUGAUUUCAACCAGUAAACUUCAUCACUGUU